GAAAAUAUUAUUCUUGAUUGCUGUCAAAGCAAAUUCAGGUUUGUCCUUCAAACAAGAAAGCCUUUAUACCAUCUUAGAAUGCUGUCAUAAACCUUUUGAUAACUUUAAUUACAUUCUUCUCCCUGCGGAGAGAAUAAAUUCUUGUAAACUUCACCAUUACUCCAUUCUUUUCUUCUUGGGGUGAUUUUCUUGCGUCAGUGGAUAUAGAAUGUGUGUUAUCAAUGUAAUAUGCAACUUUCUAUGUACUUAUUCUUGUCCUCUCUUCUUCACAACUCGCAGGCCUAUUUGUUCACAGCUUGUUAACGCAUCAGAAGUGAAUUCCUCAAGUCAUUCUCAAUCAUAAGCUCCACUGAUCAUAGUCAAGUAGUGCGAUACCAAUGGCCGAGUCUGUUGUUUCAUCCGUGGGGCAGACAUUAGGAAAGCUACUCAUUGACGAGGCUAAAUUAUUGUGGGGCGUGGAGGGCAAGGUCAAGGGCUUGCAAAAGGAGCUGAAGCUGAUUCAGGGCUUUCUGAGGGAUGCGGACGUGAGAGGAGAGCGCGAACAAGCUGUUGGAGUAUGGGUCGUGCAACUGCAAGACAUUGCCUAUGAUGCCGAGGACAUCAUAGAGCGAUACAUCCUCAGAAUCACGCUCAAGAAGAAGGGACGAAACAUCAUCAUAGCAUAUGCUUGGUUCGUGGCGAAAUGCAUGUGCUGGCAUGUUCAUCAGGUGGGGACAGAGAUUGAUGACUUAAAAACCAGCAUCUCUAAUCUUACAACACGUAUGCGGGAUUUCGGCAUACAACCUGUGAAUGACGGCGAACGCAAACAGGUGAGAGCUUUGAUGCCAGAACCUACUUAUGCCUAUUUCGAGGAGGAUAUUGUUGGGAGGGAAGAUAGUAUUAAGGUGUUAGUGGAAGUGCUGAAGGAUGAAAAACAACACAGGGUUGUUUCUAUAUGGGGAAUGGGUGGUUUGGGUAAGACCACACUUGCUAAGAAAGUCUUCGCUCAUGAUGAAUUGAAGAGCAAUUUUGAUGGUUUCGCUUGGGCUUGCGUAUCUAAAAAUUUCAACAAGAGAGAGAUCUUGAUGGGAAUUUUUAAAAUGUUGAUCCCUGAAAAAAGAGAGGUGGUUAAGGAUAUGAGUGAUCAAGAAUUGUUUGAAGCUCUAUACCAGAUCCAAAAAGAGAAGAGAUGUAUUGUUUUUCUUGAUGAUAUUUGGACCAAACAGGAUUGGAAAGAUAUUCGAGCCGCGUUCCCGGUCAUGAACACGAGAAGUAAGGUAUUGAUAACGACCCGCAAUAAAGAAGUAGCGGAGUGUAUUGAUCCUCAUGGUUUUCUCUAUGAACCUUUAUGCUUAUCGGAGGAGGAGACUUGGAAGCUGCUGAUGAAGAGGAUAUUUCCUAAAACGGAAAAAAUCACUGAUAAUACGAAGAGGUUAGGAGAGGAACUCCUUAAGAAGUGUGGAGGAUUACCCUUGGCUGUCAAAGUGCUUGGUGGACUUCUCGCGACCAACGAGUGGGAGGAGAUUUAUAGAAACAUCAAUUCUUAUUUAGGCGGUGAUGAUGAUGUAUCAAAAGUGUUGGCCUUAAGCUAUGACGAUCUAGCAUGGUAUCUAAAGCCAUGCUUCCUCUAUUUGGCUAGCUUUCCCGAGGAUGAAGAAAUCCUUGUAAAGAAGGUUCUUCACAUGUGGAUUGCGGAAGGCUUUGUGUCGCCCACUGCAUAUGGCGAAGAGAGAGAAAUUACAGUGGAAGAUGUAGCGAAGCGACAUUUAAUGGAGUUGGCUAACAGGGGGAUGGUUCAAGUACAAUUUACCAUGAGUGGAAAGUUAAAAACCUGCCACCUGCAUGACGUGAUGAGAGAGUUAUGCAUCUCCAAGGCUAGGCAGGGGAGGUUUCUAAGCAUUCUUAACAUUCAGCAGGACCAUGAAAUGGAGGAAUGUUCUUCUUCAAUGGGAACAGAAGGAGAGUCAACUUGCAAAACACGAAGGCUUUCUCUUAAUAUGCGUGUGAGUGCUGAAAGAAACACGACUCUGGGAGUAGAACAAAUAGGGAGGACCAUGCUCCACCUUCGAACUCUUAUGUUCUUCUGUUCUGGGGGAUCUGAAGAAGGGAUGUGGGAUCAAUUUCAACCUAUCUUCAUCAACUGUAAGUUUCUUAGAGUUCUGAAGCUGGAGGAUCUUAGUAUGAGAGGAAAUUUACCUGAAUCAGUGGGAGACCUGGUCCAUUUAAGAUUCUUAAGUUUGGCAGGAAGUGAAAUCGAGGGCUUGCCGAAAUCUAUGGGGAAUCUUGUAUGCAUGGAAUUCUUGGACUUGCAAGUAAGGGAAUGGAUGAUGUUUGCGGUGCCAGAUGUGCUGUGGAAGCUGAGAAGGUUGAGGUACCUCUAUCUCCCCUAUUCAUUCGAUGUCACUGGGAAACCCCAUGAGUACCGGAAGAAGUUGCGAUUGGGCACUUUAAAGAAUCUUCGGACAUUGAGAAACUUCUGUCCGGAUAAUUGUGAUGUGAAGGAUGUAGGCAAACCGACCAAUCUACAAAAACUGAGAGUCAUUAAUUCUAAGAGGAUGGAGAUAUUUCCACAACUUGCUGAAUUCAAGUUGAAAAAUCUUCAAUCCUCUUCUUUUGGCUUCAGAGAAUUUCCUUCGAUAAAUGAAGGUGAAUGGAGUAAAACCUCAAGUUAUCCCUAUUCCCGCAAACUGUACAUACGGGGGGUAAAAAUAGAGAAAUUACCGGAACAUCAGUAUCUACCCCAGAAUCUGAUGAAGCUGGUCUUAUUUUGGUCCGAACUCAAAGAAGAUCCGAUGCCAAUAUUGGAGAAAUUGCAGCACUUGGUUGUUCUCCUGCUGGGGGGUGAUGCUUUUGUGGGAGAGGAAAUGGUUUGCUCUGCAGGAGGCUUUCCGCAACUCAAGCAUUUACUUCUUGAUUAUCUGCCAAAUUUGGAGGAGUGGAGGGUGGCUGAAGGAGCCAUGCCUCAUCUUUCUCGAUUAGGGAUCAGCAGAUGUCCCAAAUUGAAGGCGGUACCUCAACUUGAAGGAGUCUCCACGUAUGACGGUCGGGAAGACGUGUAUAGUGAGUAUGAUAAGGAUUGGGUGUGAGGGAUUCAGGUUA